AUGACUAACGACUCCCUCAAAAGCCGUCCGCAGUUAUUCGUUGGAGCUGGACCAUCCAUGCAAGAUCGUGACAACAGUUCUAUGCAGUGGGGAGAUCCAGGUGAUAUCCCAACUUCAUCAUCCAGUUCUCAGCCAAUACCCGGGAUGAAAUCUCUCUUCAAAAUGUAUGGAGAAGUGGCUGUACGGAAGGCUGCCCAAACGCCUCUGAUAGAUGCUGAUAGUUCCGAGAAAGGCGAAGAGGCUGUUCCGGCUGAGUUUUUGCUUAGAGGAGAUAAUGAGUUUGAUGAAGUAUUGGAUGACGAUGGUGCUGGUGCAGAUGCGGAUUUCAUUGCUUUAGAUCCCGGUCAAAUCUAUAGCAAAAGAAAGCAGAAUCUUACAUAA